GCGAGGUGCCCAAGGAAGGCAGGCAGGAAGGAAGGGCUCGCCCGCCCGCCGGUGUCCGUCGCGGCUCCGGCUCCUCGCCUGGCCCCGCUGCUACGGCAUGCGCUGAGCGCCCGCACCGCCCCGUCUGCUGCGCGCCCGGCGCCCGCCGGCACUGCCCGGCACCGCCGCCACUCCCAGGUACCCACUGCAGCCUUUUCCAGCUUCUUGAGGGCUGUGUGCAAGCCAAACCAAGCUUCACGUGUUGCCACAGUGCCCUGCUUGCACCCAGCCUGCAGCCCAGAGAGCCUGUGGGUGAGGCAGCGAUUGCAGCCAGUUGGCGCUUCUGCAAGCAGUGAGGUGUGAAUGACAGAGGAGGUGCCUCCGACCGCACUCACUGACGUGAACCUGCGUCUGCUGUGCCACGAUGACAUAGAUGCAGUGAAGCAGCUCUGUGGUGACUGGUUCCCAAUAGAGUACCCUGACUCAUGGUACCGAGAUAUCACUUCCAACAAGAAGUUCUUUUCCCUCGCAGCCACAUACAGAGGCUCCAUUGUGGGAAUGAUAGUGGCAGAGAUCAAGAGCAGAACAAAGGUGCAUAAAGAGGAUGGAGACAUCCUAGCUUCCAAUUUUCCUUUGGACACUCAAGUUGCUUACAUACUCAGUCUUGGAGUGGUGAAGGAGUUCAGGAAACACGGGAUUGGUUCACUCUUGCUUGAAAGUUUAAAAGACCAUAUAUCAAUGACUGCCCAAGAUCACUGCAAAGCCAUCUACCUGCACGUCCUCACCACUAACAACACAGCAAUAAACUUCUAUGAAAACAGAGACUUUAAACAGCACCACUAUCUUCCCUAUUACUAUUCCAUAAGAGGAGUCCUCAAAGAUGGCUUUACCUACGUUCUGUACAUCAACGGUGGCCACCCGCCCUGGACGAUCUUUGACUACCUGCAGCACAUCGGAUCAACAUUAGCCAGCCUGAGCCCAUGUUCCAUUCCCCAGAGGAUAUACAGACAAGCUCAGAGCCUUCUCUGUAGCCUUCUGCCAUGGUCUGGCAUUUCUGCCAAGAGUGGCAUUGAGUACAGCCGGACGAUGUGACUCCAUCAAUGGAUGCACACAGCACAAAGGGAUUGUUCUUCCUUUCAUCUCCUGAACCAUCUGGCUCUGCACUGAUUCCAGUGAUGAUGGCUCUUGGUCAGUGACCCACCCCUUGGAAAGGACUCCUUAUUCCACAGACUGACCAAGAUUUUUCAGACUUCACCCUGGAUGGGCUGUAGCCCUGACUCACUCUGUGGGCUGGAGCCCGUGAGCACUCCUGGGAGGCCGGGCUGCCAGGGGGCACCGGGCUGAGGGCUUCCAUGUCACCGGUCUGUGAGCAUGUCACACUGUCCCUGCCACUUCCUUCGCCUCUGGAUGGUUUGCUUGUAUGUGAUGUGGGGGGGUUCAGUUGCUGCUUCCACGUCACAGCUGCUGAAAGCAGUGUGAGUGAGGUGCACUGACUGUGAGUGAGCACCCUGGAAGAGGGGAGCUGGAUGGCUGUGUCCUGCCUUGCUAGAGAAUCCAGGCAGGGCAUCCACCCCAGGUGAGAGUCAGCCCCAGCCUUUCAAAGGGGGGGGGUGUAAAAAGUACCUGAUCCAGGAUGCACCAAGUAGAAGGCAGGGGAUGAAAUUGCUAUUUCAUAGUGAAAUAUAUAUUAUACUGUACAGAUCUUUCUGCCUCUUUCCAAGCUGGAACAGAGCAGGGGCGGGCCUGGAGCUGUGGGACCACUGUGGUAGGCAAAGCCCUUCCCCUCCCAGCACGCAUCCUCCCUUGGCACCGGGGCUGCACUCUUGCAGGAUCUUUAGGGUAGAGCGUUGCACACAGAUCACUACAGCUCUUUGUUGCAGAGAAGCCCCCCAGCUGCUUGCUUGCAUGCUCCAGGCUGCAGUGUGCAGGCAUUGCCAUGGGGCUGCACUGUCAGCUGCCCUUCUUGCAGCACCAGGGCCAGGCUCAGGGGCUCUGUUCCCUAGCACCAAGUAGCCAUGCUGCUGGGAGAACCCUGAGGCUCCUGUGUGCUGCAGUCAGGCCAGGUCCUUUCAUGAUCCCUGCCCCUGGGAGCGAGUGCUUUGCUCCUUAGCUGGGAGUCUGCAGCUCCAUCAGCACCAGUGCUGGAGGUGUGGGGAGCACUGCUCCCCUCUGUGUCCCCUCUGCAUCCUCUGCCCUGGUGAAGGCUUCCCACACUCAUUGCUGUGCUCCUCCCACUCUUGUGCCCCUCUUGGAAGUGGGGCUUAAAUGAAGGGCAGUGUAAGCUGUGCAGGUUCCUGUGUGCAGGGCCAGCUCUGGUGGCAGGUGAGGGCAGGGAGUGGGGAUGAGCUGUAGUCUGGGUCAGGUUUAGACCUAGAAGGAGCACACAUGGUAAGAGCUUGCAGCCCUGAUACCAUACAAAGUCAUUUCAGUGUUUGUAAGCCCCUAAGAUGAGAAUUAAACAAUAAAAGGGUGUGGAGGAGAGUUCACUGCAUGGUGCUGUGCUGGUUCAUGUGAAGAGGCCAGGGUGGCCCAGUGCUGCCUUGGCUCAGAGCUGCUGGCACAGCAGGCAGUGCUGGUGCAGCAUUUCUCUGCUUUGCACAGCCCUGACUGCAGGAAGGAUUUCAGUCUGGCUGAUGGUCUGGCAGAUACUUUAUUUGGGGGAAGCAGAGGCUGUUUGAAGUGCUGCUCACUUUUCUGGAAUGAGAGCAGGGCUGGCUCCACGGGUGUUUGACAGGAGAAAGAAAAUGUAUUUCUGGGAGGAGAAUUACGCCUGCCAGAGUGCAGGGAGCUGCAGUGUGAAGCAGGGCUGGCACAUAGUGCUGGCCAUGGUGCAGCUGGGGAGGUUCUGGCUGGGCUGUGGGGCAGGGAGAACUGUCCCUGGCUGGGGCAUGGAAGUAAUGAAGUGUGGGCUCAGCCUGUGGCUGUCAGAAUUCCCUGCUUGGAGGACUGAACAGCUGCUCCCUGAGUGCUGCAGUGAGCCCUGCAGCCACAGCCCAGCAGCAAGCACAGCGUGGUGCAGCUGCAUGCAGAACAGAGCGUGCCAGCACUGUGCAUAGUGCAGCAGAAUUGUGCAUUUUGCCCCUGCCACGGAUUCAGGGAGUCCUGGGGCUGGGCACCCCCUGCCACCAGCUCACAGGGGCGCUUGGCAGUGGCGUAAGACCUCAUUACCUGUGGCCCAAGGGCCAGGUGCUCCACCAGCCCUCAUGCACCACAGGGCACCACAGCCCUUUGCUGCAGGAUUAGGGGCUGCAUGUGGGUUCCCCUGCACGCGGCUCCCUGCCCCCAUGGCCCUGUGGCUGUGCUCACAGUGCUGGCUGUGCGAGGGGUGGGCUGGGCAGCUCUGUCACCUGUAGGCCCUGCUCAGGCUGCUGCCCCUAGCCCAGCCUGGCUGCUCCCAGCAGCAGGGGAGGUCACAGCGGUGGUGGCUGCAGCCCCUCCUCAUCACAGCUCUUGCACUUGGGAGCCCCGAAGCACUCUGUCACCCUUAUUUGUAUAACUGUUUUUUCCUUCAGCUCAGCCACUUCCUACCUGAAUGUUUCUCUUGGUUUGUAUGAGUUUAUUUAGCAACCAAAGGUCCUGCUUUUCUUUAGCACUUACGUCCUCUGGACCAGAACGUUCCUGGCACUGAUGCGACGUCCCCCCCCUCCUCUUCUGCCCCUGCACACCCCAACUCCUCAGCUGCUGCCCUUAGGCACAUCCCUGGGGGACCAGACUGGUCUAUGUGCUGUCCUCCUGUCACCCCAUCCCCUAUGGAGUCACACCCCCACCUCACAGCCCGUUAUUUAUUGAGGAGCACCAUGCUGCUGCUGUCAGCCUCUCUCUAAACUUCUUCAAUUAAACCAAACCUCUUUUGUGAGUCGUUUGUUCAUCACCGUGUGCAGGCAUCUGCCUCUACUCACUGCUCGGGACCUUCCCCCAGUGCUCUGCUCUGCCAUGAUGUGUGCAGCAGCCUCAUGCUGGUCAUGGGGGGCUGCCUGCUGGGCACCUUUGGGGCCCUUGUGCAGGGCAGGUUGGACACAGGCAGCAAGUAGGGAAAGCAACACCCUUGCCUCAGCCCAGUGCCUGGAGGGAGACAGUGGUAGUGGAGGCAGCUCUGCUCUCACUGGGGCUGAGCUGAAUCAGCAGCUGUGGUGCAGUGACCGCAGGUUGGGCACAGCUCAGCACCAGCAUGGGGAUGGAAAGGGGAAGCAGAGCUGCCAUGGGGCAGGCAAGGGCUGGAGGUUUUAGCAAAUGGUUUCUGCAACCUGUAGGGUUGUGUGCUAUGCAUGGGCCCUGCUGCAGCUGUGGGCUCAGGGCAGCUGGACCAGGCAUUGGCUGCCCAUGAUCUGGCAGUGGCAGCUGUUACAGAGCAGUGAAUGCCCACCACACACAGCUGCUCUGGCACCUGUAGCAGAGCUGCUGGCAUCAACCAGGUGCAAGAACUGUCUUGGGGCAAACAAACAGCAAAAGCUUCAGCAGUUUGCAGAGGUGCAGCACCCCAAAUCCUGCGGCACCUUCUGCCCUGCAAGCUGUCCUGGCCCACAGCCGGAGAGGUGCUUUGCUCGCUCCUCU